CAGAGGGAGGAAGAAGCCGCGGCUCUUCUUUAUUGAGGAGAAAAACUCAAAGGGAUUAAAAGGAAUCAUGCGGUAGGCAAAGAAGGCUUCCCAUUCUCAGCAGCACCUUUAGAAACUGACAUCCCACUGCCGAGCUGCUACCUUGCAAAGACUGCUACUGUCAAUGGAGCUGGAAAACAUUGUUGCCAACACUGUCUUGCUAAAAGCCAGGGAAGGGGGUGGAGGAAAGCGUAAAGGCAAAAGCAAAAAGUGGAAGGAAAUCUUGAAGUUCCCUCAUAUUAGCCAGUGUGAAGAUCUCCGGAAGAUGAUAGACAGAGAUUACUUCAGUUUGUGUGACAAGCAGCCAAUCGGAAGACUUCUUUUCCGGCAGUUCUGUGAAACUCAGCAUGAGCUGGAGUGCUGUAUUAGGUUCCUUGACUCUGUGGCAGAGUAUGAAAUUACACCAGAUGAAAAACUGGGAGAGAAAGGGAAGGAAAUCGUGAUGAAAUACCUCACCCCAGAGUCCCCAGCAUAUGUCACUGAAGUCAGCCAAGACCUGAUCCACCAAACGAAGGAAAAACUUGAACUGAGACCUUGCAAAGAACUCUUUUCUCACUGUGCAAAAUCUGUCCUUGACUACCUAAGUGGAGAGCCAUUCCAAGAAUACCUGGAGAGCAUGUAUUUUGACAGGUUUCUGCAAUGGAAGUGGUUGGAAAGACAACCAGUGACCAAAAACACUUUCAGGCAAUAUCGAGUGCUAGGCAAAGGAGGCUUCGGGGAGGUCUGUGCUUGUCAGGUGCGGGCUACAGGUAAAAUGUAUGCCUGUAAGCGGCUGGAGAAGAAGAGGAUAAAGAAAAGGAAAGGAGAGUCCAUGGCACUCAAUGAGAAGCAGAUUUUAGAAAAAGUCAAUAGUCAGUUUGUUGUCAACUUAGCCUAUGCCUAUGAAACAAAGGAUGCAUUGUGCUUAGUUCUGACCAUCAUGAAUGGAGGUGACCUGAAGUUCCACAUCUACAAUAUGGGAAACCCAGGCUUUGAGGAGGAGAGAGCCUUGUUUUAUGCAGCAGAGAUCCUUUGUGGCUUGGAAGAUCUUCACAGAGAAAAUACCGUAUACAGGGAUCUGAAACCAGAAAAUAUCCUGUUGGACGAUUAUGGCCAUAUCAGAAUAUCUGAUUUGGGUCUAGCUGUGAAGAUUCCUGAAGGAGAUUUGAUCCGGGGCAGAGUGGGAACAGUAGGAUAUAUGGCUCCAGAAGUCUUGAACAACCAGAGGUAUGGUCUGAGCCCAGACUACUGGGGGCUGGGCUGCCUCAUUUUUGAGAUGAUUGCGGGACAGUCACCCUUCCGAGGUAGAAAAGAGAAAGUGAAACGUGAAGAAGUGGACCGGAGAGUCCUAGAGACGGAAGAGGUGUACUCUCACAAAUUUUCUGAGGAAGCCAAGUCAAUCUGUAAAAUGCUACUAGCCAAAGAUGCAAAGCAGAGGCUGGGCUGCAGAGAGGAGGGUGCUAUGGAAGUGAAGGGACACCCAUUUUUCAGGAACAUGAAUUUCAAGCGAUUGGAAGCAGGGAUGUUGGACCCUCCCUUUGUACCAGAUCCCCGGGCUGUGUAUUGUAAGGAUGUGUUGGAUAUCGAGCAGUUCUCCACAGUGAAAGGUGUCAACUUGGACCACACAGAUGAUGAUUUCUAUUCCAAGUUUUCCACAGGAUCCGUAUCGAUUCCAUGGCAAAAUGAGAUGAUAGAAACUGAAUGUUUCAAGGAGUUGAAUGUGUUUGGACCAAACGGUACUCUUUCACCUGACCUGAAUCGGAGCUACGCUCCAGAACCGCCGAAGAAAGGCUUGCUACAUCGAAUUUUCAAGCGUCAGCAUCAGAACAAUUCUAAGAGUACUACUAAUUCCAAGGCGAAUUUUAACCACCACAUCAACUCCAACCAUGUACGUUCAAAUUCUACCGGAAGCAGCUAGUUUCAGCUCAAAUCUGGGAGUUUUAAAUGGGGCUAUGCCCUAGUCCUUCCACUUAAGAAACAGAGCUCCUGCCAACACGUGCCGCCACCAACACUGAGUUAAACCAAUGCUUCCACCCCUCCAAAAGCCAGAGAGGGGCUCUGUCCAAACCCUGGAAAUGGAACCUCCAAUUUUCCUGAAGAAAUUCCCACUCAGGUCUGCUUUUCUGGAGGGGGCCCUUGGACAGCUGGUGUGAUGGCACUUGGUCUCUGUAGAACAUUGCAAUAGAAAUCCAACAGAUAAGACAACUUGCACGUAUUUAAAUAGCAUCAUACCUAGAACUGAAUUUUGUCCUUAUUAUUUUUAAAGAAAAGUUUUGUAAAUUUCUCUAUUGUCUCAGUUUACAUUUUGUACAUUUGUAUUUAAAUGAAAGUCAGACUUUGAGGGUGUAUAUUUUCUGUGCAGCCGUUGUAAAGCCAUGUGUUUUAAGACAUUGAGGGGAAAGGGAGGGAAGGGGAGGGUGGGAUUUUAAAAAUGUGACUCAAGACUUCCAGAGCCUCAAUUGAAAAAUUGUUGUUUUUAUUAACUACAGAGAAUUAUUCCAAUUUCACAUCAGCUAGUGGGUUAUAUUUCCAUACAUGCAUUUGAUGGCACAAUUUAUUCCUAACUAACUUACAUUUGUUUGUAUAUUUGAUUUAUAGCAACACUGCAUACAAUUUCUCUGUUAGUUUGUAACGUCUUGUAUUAAAUGCUAAAAAAAAAAAAAAAAGAAAAAAAAGAAAAAAAGGGCACACUUGUGACUUAACCCCAUUUGAGAAUUUCCUCCACCUAAGGCUGAGACCUGCUGGCACCACUGAGUUUAGUGCCAGGUUUUUUUUUUUUUCCGUAGGUCAUCAAAAUAUUUGUGGUGUGAUUCGGGAUCCUCUUUCCAUUCUCCAUCCCAUUUAAACAUUAGAAGUAGACUCCAGGGAGAGGAAGCAUGGUCAGGACCUAAGACUUUGGCCCAUUGGUCUCUGGGCAGAAAAUAUUGUUCUUCCUAUCUAAUGUGUCCUGACCUCUUGUUUGCAUGCAUUUCCCUCAAAUUUGGGUUGUGAAGUUUUUUUUUUUUUUUUAAGAGGGAAAUAUAGGAAUGAGAACAAUGAAAGGAAAUCCCAAGUGUCUUAAAAUUUUACAGACAAAAGGAAGCCUAGAUGUAGAAGUCUGUAUCAGCUCUAAUGUUUAGAAUAAUAAAGACAAGAAGAAAGAUUUCCUGAAACUAUUUGGUGCCUAUGCAUUUAACAGGGAUUCCUUCUGAGAUAUGCUACAGAGAAGGAACACAGUAGUACAAAACAGAAAAAAAUAAAAUAAAAUAAGGCCUCUUGUGCAAAUUCCUCCUAGUUCCUGUGUGAAUAGUGAGUAAAAAGUCUCUAGUUUCAGAGCCCAGCAUGGGUAGUAGGUUGGUAAGUAGCCAAAGAUCAGUCAGGGAUGGACUUCCCUUAGUUUUCUCUGGUCCAACAUUGACUGCCCCAUGGAGAAGACCAGUGACCAAAAAUGGUGGCAAGGCACUUGAGAAGACAAGCAAAGGCAAGGAUGUCUUCCAUCCUUCAAAGGUCAGAACAGAGUUUUGAAACAAAAAAGGUCCUUCUAACUCCAGCCAGGAUUCACAGAACCCAAAUGGGUGAAAGAUCUCUGGAAAUAACCCCAGUGUCAAAGGAUCAUAGGAUAAUAGAUACAACUGGAAGCAACUUCAAAGGCCAUUUUGUUCUACCCUCUCAUUUUACAGAUGAGGAAACUGAGGGCUAGAAAUGUUAAAGUAACUUGCCUGGAGUUAUAUUCUCUUUUGGGGAAGCAGAUUCUUCCAUGUAAACAGCUUCAUCCUUAAUUCCCCAAUCUCACUACAGAGACAUUGAAAAAAUUAUACUACUCUCUCACUAGAUCCCAAGGGCUCUCAUCUAAACAAAGUGAGCAAUGGAUUAACCUGAGUCCCCUUAAGGCCCGCCAGGCAUUUGCUGCCACCAUUUCCCAUGACCUUCUGCACUUCUGGGCUAUGGUUUAGUGGAAUGCCAAUGUUUAGGGAGAACACCACUCAGAAUUUACUCGGUGUGAGUGAAUCAGAUAAUAAUGGGAUGAGUUUUCAGGGAGAAGCAUCUUGUGAGACUUAAAUACACAACCUAAUUUCAUAAUCGUGAGAUAUUUGAAUUACAAUGGACUUAAAUAUUAUCUAUUUCAAUCCCUUCAUUUUAUAUAUAUAGGGAAAUUGAGACCCAAAGAUAAAAAGUUACUUGUACCCAAAAUACUUGCACAAAAAGUUAUAUUACACAAAUAGCAAAUGGAGAACCUCACUCUUAAAUCCUAAAUUUUUGUUAUGUGCCUUUUGGGAAGUUUGAAUGUAUUAGAAAGUGAGUUAGAAAAUUGGGCUGAAUAAUUUUGAGGUGAUUCUAUAAAUAAAUGGAAGAGUAGAAAUAUUUUCUUUUCCCUAAUAUGCCUUUAAUCUACAGUAUUAAUUUCUGAAUCUAGAUGUUUCCUGGACCAGUUUCUUGGGCUAAUUAACCUUCCCAUUUCCUUAGGUUGGGUUAGAAGUAUUUACUACCAUCUAACCUUGCCAUUUUUGCUAAGAAUAUGGAAAUACCUUUGAACAGCUGGUCUUCCCUUCUCAAUAACAGAAUGGAAGACCAUUCUAUAGAAACCAUCAACUCAAAGGACUAUCUUCCCAUCCUGAUAUUAAGGGCUCCUCUCUAUUUCCCUAGUCUAUUGGGAUUCAAAAUUCUGUAGGUGCUGCAAGGAGAAUGUAAGAGCUGUUUUCAGUAUCAAAACCCAACACUGAAUUUAAACUUCCUGCAGAAUAUUCAAAAGACCUUAAUUGGGGCUUUUACUGUUUUUCUUUUUCUACUCCUUGGGUCACUUAGGCUAUAUCAUAAGCACAGGUCUCCACAUUGAUUCCUAAAAAGACUUGAGGCUCUCCUUCCCUUGUUGUAACUGCCACAAAUGUUCAUGAGUUGCAGCUGAGACUCCUUUGCUUCUAUGCCUACCAGAUCAUUUGAGCCAAAAGGCCAGUACCCAACUCAUACGAACGAGUACCUCAUUAAAGGAAUUCCCAAGAGACUGACCAUCUAUGUAUCACCGACCUCUUGAGUCAAUCAUCAGAAAGUCUUCCCCUCCAAACUUCAUCUUCUACAUGUUUUAAGACACUCCCUCCUCCCAAAAGUAGUUUUUGUCCAGAUAUCUUUGGAUAAUCCAAGAUUUUUUUAAAAACUGAACUCUGAGGAAGAACUCCUCUUUAAGAAUGUAGUUAUGUGCACAAUUAGUCAAUUGAUAUAGUGCCUUUGAAGUGAGACUCAAGAAGUGGACCCUGAAUUGUACAGAAACUUCUUUGCUUUGUCUGCUUCCUUCUUGAAAUCGUUAUCAUCAUGAUCCAUUAUUGAGUUUCCUCAGUGGUCCUGGGGACCACCCAAGAUAUUGAAGAGACAGCUUCACACACACACACACACACACACACACACACACACACAGUCUUCAGGCAAUUGACAUCCUAGACAGGAAUGUUCUUCCUCCUUGUGUCAAUGAUCAAAGAAAAAUACUUAAGGGAAGAAAAUAAAUAUAUUAAGCACCUACUUUGUUCCAGGCACUGUGCUAAGCGCUUUACAAGUAUUAUCUUAUUUGAUAAUAUGGAGUUACAGAACUCUACACAGAUUUCCAAAACUGUUCUUCAUGCCACAUUCCUCUGCAUUUUAAAAAGCAACAAGAAGAUACAACUUCCUUCUGAGAUGAUUGCUCUUUGCCAGUGGGAACAUAACUAUCCUUGUUGUUUUUUUAUUUUUCGGGGCUGGGGUAGGGGACGGAGGGAGGGGUAGUUAUAUGGCUACUUAAACUAGAGCAAUCAGUAACUUAAUUGAAUUAUAUCAACACCUCACAGGGCAAUAAUGCAGGCAGAUUUUGCCUCGGGUUCUGGAUACAUGCACAUGGAUGACUCCACUGGCUUCAGUGGAUGCUUCUUUGGAGGAGAAUUUGUUCUUGGGUCCUCAAAAUUCCAUUUGGGAUACUGAUUGUCUUGAGUACCUCCCCUCUGAAGACAAGACAGCCUUUUAAGAGUUCAGAAGUUCCCAUGCCUUGCUAAAAAAAAAAAAAUGUCCACAGUGUUGAAAUUCCUCUUCUUCCAUUCCAAUCCUCCUUUUCCUGAAGAAGUCACAUCAUUUCAAAUCUUUUCCUUUGCCGGCUGUUGGCCAGAUGUUCCACCAAUGCCGGUACUCUUCGAGCGUGACUAAAUCAACAAAAUGAGCACACCUCUUGGACCGUUUUUCUUGGAGGUACAUCAGCCUUGAGAUGGGGCCAAGUCAACCUCCCUUGGCAAACAGAACAGAAGAAUGAAGAGCUUGAUGUCUCUGGAUUUUGGGAGAAACAUCAGGUUUCUUGGCAAUCAGGUAUUCCCUCAAGAAAUCUUCACCCACUAAUGAUAAAUGCUUAAUAUAUACUAUCCAGGUAAUUUUUGUGCUUACAUCUCCUUCCUUAACUCAUGGCUCCUGAGUGGGCUUCAGGAGUCCUAUGAGCAAUUGAAUGUGCCCUCUGAGUUGCCAUUCUAUUUUUAAUCUGGGACAUACUGGCAUGACUUUUAUCAUUUUGACCUUUGCCUGGGGAGAUGAAGGGCUUUCAAAUUUCAUUGUGCAGUUUCACAUCACAUAGUUAGGUCAUGAAUAAUGGCCUGCUUUCUCCCACAAGCAUCUGUCACCUGGACACAUAAGCUGUCUUCACCACUUAAACAUCCACCCAAAUUAAACUCCAACAUUGCAGAUUCACACUCAUGCCCAGAGACAUAUUUCCAGUUUGAUUUUCAAAACCUGCACUACUGUGGUCACUAUGUGUACAUAUUUGGAAAUGGCAUGCUCUCUCCAAGUGGGAAAGGACUUUUCCAGAGGAUUUAAAUGUGACUAUUAUGAGUCAGUUGAAAAGUCAUUUUUGUAUGCACUCCAAAACAAAUGUUCUUGGUUAAUAGUUCAUAGCUUUUGAUCUUGUUUUAAUAAUAAUGAUAAUGAUAAUAAUAACAAUAAUCAUCAUUCCAUCAUCUUAAGAUUUGUCCCUCUCUUUUUUUUUCCUGGAAGAUUUUCACACUGUUUGAUAAAACUAGCUUUGUUUCUGAGGUUGUUCUGGAGAUAGUGGUUUUUGUGUUCCCUGGCUGCCCUAAUUCUCUGUACAUUCUAAUAACGUCACAGUGCUGCUGUAUCUAGAUCAAACCACUGUUUUAUUUUGUUUUUUUUUUUAGAAAAAUAAAUUCCUUAAUUUAAAAAGAAACAUGAAA